AUGCCUGAGAUUGAGAGAUACACAGGCAUAGGAUGCCCUCGCAUCCAUUUGAGACUCUAUAGUACUGUUAUGAGGGCCCAUGGACUGGAUGAUGCCCAGAUGGUUAUGCUCUUCCCUAUGUCAUUGAGUGGAGCUGCACAGCGUUGGUUCGCUUCAUUGGAGGCUUUGUACGGUAUAGAGGAGGGCAUUGCUAGAGGACUAUGGUCUGAGUCUUCCCCUACUGAUUCUAAGGGGAAGAGGCCUUCAGGAGGACAGAGAUCAGGAGAUGUUGGUGCUAUCAGUUCAGCAGGGAUGAGACCUUCUAGACGCUAUCAGACAGUUGGGCAGACUCCUGGGUACUACUAUCCACCUUCACCUCAUGCGCAUUACAGACCACCCGCUCCUUCCAGACCCAUGACUCCUACUUAUCUGCAUCCGGACUCACAGCCUGUUUUUGCUGCACACGUCGCAGAGAGGCCUCCUGCCCCAUAUACUCGACCCCGAGCUCCACAGACCACUACUUAUGUGCAGAGGCCACCACGUCAGUUUGCUCAGUUGAGUAUGCCUUUGAGUCGAGCUUUUCAGAAGCUCACAGAGGGUGGAUUACUGAUUCCAUUAGCAUCCAGGCCUUUACCCCAACCCAUACCACCUCGCUUCAGGAUGGACUUACAUUGUUCCUAUCAUCAGGGGCCAGGGCAUGACACGGACCAUUGCACUGCUUUGAGACAUGCUAUUCAGGAUUUGAUAGAUCAGGGUUUGGUCAACUUGGGGCAGCCAAGUGUGACCACUAACCCUCUUCCUGCUCAUUCUACACACGCAGUGCAUCCAUCUUCAGGAGAUAUUCAUCACAUGGACCUUAUAGAGGAUGACAGUAUACACAUGUUGAGUUGGGAUGAUGGAUUACCCGAGCCGAUUGUUUUGCAUGACAGUUAUGAGGUUGAUGGGGUUUCAGUGGUCCCUCAAACUCCUGCACCAUUCAGUUUGAUCCCAGACGAGGCACCAUUCCAGUUGACUCAUCCUACACCCUUAGUUAUCGGAUGUCAGGAUGCCUUUAUCCCAUUCACUUUAUGGCCAGAGGAUGAUGAUUCAGAGGGGAGGGAGAUACAGAUUGUGACUCGUAGUGGGAGGAUAGCUCAGCCACCACCACCAACAGUCAGACCAUUUGAGGAUGAUGACUUGCCACCUGAUGGUUUAGACCACGUGCGCCCUCUAUACAUCACAGUGGGAUGUUCAGGCCGUAGAGUCCCGUCUGUCCUACUAGACAACGGCUCAGCCCUGAAUGUUUGCCCUUUAGCCACUGCUAUAGCCCUUGGUUUCGCGCUUUCAGAUUUUGGUCCUUCUACUCAGACAGUCAGGGCGUAUGAUAGCACCAAGAGGGAGGUUAUGGGUACCUUGAUGAUUGAUUUGCAGAUUGGUCCAGCCACAUUUUCCACUUUGUUCCAGAAGGUGAAGUUCAUUCAUGAUGGGCAGGUUAUCACAGUACAGUCUACCAGGGAUAUGUUAGCCUAUUCCGAGCCAGUACUUCAGAUUAGUCACAGUGAGGAUGACCUAUUUUUGACUGGAUUUACUUUUGAUGAGAUACAGACUCUGGAGAUUGAGGAUUUUCAUAGAGACUUUGUGGCUAUGUCGUUUGAUGAGCACAGUAGCACAGUGGCCGAUUACCGUCACAUGGCGCGGCUGCGCAAGGAGAGGGUGAGAGCCCGUUUAUCCCACACACCAUUUGAUUAUCCUAUUCGACCCUAUAGGAUGAGUUUGGCUGACUACUUUGUCAGAGGAUCAGAGACUCGACCUCAUUUAGAGGAGAUUGAUAAUGUGGUUCAUACAGAUAGAGAGACCGAUCUUCAGCAUCUAUUUCACCAGCUACAGUUGAGUGAUGGGGCUCCCGACACUUUUUUCCCUAUGACGAUUACUCCCACGUCUCCAGAUCGAGCUAGCAUGUUCUCUCUAUGCUUUCCAGAGGAGAUCACGAGUGAUGGGGUGAUUGUUGAUCCUACUGAGGUGAUUGAUGGAGUUGUUCCCCAUGAUGAGUACCGUGAUGAGAUGGACAUGAUGACCGUGAGCCAGAUUGCCGGCAUUGUUCAGCUUCAGCCUGUUUCAGCAUUUGAUAUGUUUGGGGUAUCUACCAUUGAGGUUUUUGAGGGGACUCAGACUCUUCCUGUUCCAGAGCUUCCAGAGGAUGAUAGUAGUUUGUUUGAGGGCAUUGUUAGCCCAGUUGAGGGAGCGUCCGACGUUGUGGACCCACCUCUUUCUUUUGAUGUUUUAUCGGGAUUUGUCUCCCGCUCUGACGAUGUUUCUGUUGCUUCAUUUAUGGAUUUGAGCAUUUUUGAGUAUUCGCCUGUCUCUUGUGAUAGUAUCUCUACAUCUGCACCUCACUCACCCAUUACACAGAUAUUUGAUAUAGAUGAUGAGAUUGCACAUCCCAGUUCGGAUAGGGACUCUUUUGAUCAUGACUCUGGUCCCAUAAAUGAGAGAGUUUCACCUGCUGCAGGGGACGUUGAGACUGUUGAUUUUGGCACAGAGGAUCAGCCUAGAGAGCUGAAGAUUGGUUCACCCCUAUCUACAGAUGAGAGAGAUAGACUCAUCCAUUUACUCAGGUCAUAUUUGGAUGUCUUUGCAUGGUCUUAUGAGGACAUGCCAGGUCUUGAUCCCUCUAUAGUCCAGCACCAUUUACCUACCCUACCACAUGCUAGACCAGUUAAGCAGAAAUUGAGACGGUUGCAUCCACGUUGGAGUCUACAGGUAAAAGAGGAGAUUCAGAAACAACUCAGUGUUGGGUUCAUAUCAGUAGUUGAGUAUCCAGAGUGGUUGGCUAAUGUCGUCCCUGUUCCUAAAAAGGAUGGCAAAGUUAGGGUUUGUGUUGACUUCAGAGAUCUCAAUAAAGCCAGCCCUAAAGAUGACUUUCCCCUUCCACACAUUGAUUUGUUGGUUGAUGGCACCGCAGGUCAUUCGAUGUUGUCUUUCAUGGAUGGGUUUUCAGGGUAUAAUCAGAUUUUGAUGGCUCCAGAGGAUAUGGAGAAGACAGCCUUUAUUACUGAGUGGGGUACCUACUGUUACAGAGUUAUGCCAUUUGGGUUGAAGAACGCAGGAGCCACUUAUCAGAGAGCCGCUACCACUUUGUUUCAUGACAUGAUGCAUAGGGAUGUCGAGGUUUACGUGGAUGAUAUGAUUGUGAAAUCCCGAGGUAGAGCAGAUCACCUAGAUGCUUUAGAGAGAUUCUUUGAGAGGAUCCAGAAGUUUAGAUUGAGGUUGAAUCCCAAGAAGUGCACUUUUGGAGUGACUUCUGGGAAACUGUUGGGGCAUAUGGUCAGUGAUCGGGGCAUAGAGGUCGACCCAGAUAAAAUCAAAGCCAUACUUGACAUGCCUGCACCAAAGACUGAGAAAGAGAUUAGAGGUUUUCUGGGCAGAUUACAGUACAUUAGUCGGUUCAUAGCCAGAUUGACAGACAUAUGUGAGCCUAUCUUUCGUCUUUUGAGGAAGAACCAACCAACAGUUUGGAAUGAUGACUGUCAGUUUGCAUUUGAGAAGAUCAAGGAGUAUUUGCUUUCUCCUCCUGUUUUAGUGCCUCCUACGCCAGGACGUCCACUUCUUCUAUAUUUGUCAGUUUCAGACAUGGCCUUGGGAUGUAUGUUAGCUCAGAUUGAUGACUUAGGAAAGGAGCGAGCUAUUUACUACCUAAGUAAGAGGAUGUUGGAGUAUGAGAUGAAAUAUGUUAUGAUUGAGCGCCUAUGCUUAGCACUAGUUUGGGCUACCAGGAGAUUGAGGCAUUACAUGACAGAGUACUCAGUACAUUUGAUAUCCCGCCUGGACCCGUUGAGAUACUUGUUUGAUAGACCUGCAUUGACUGGUAGAUUGAUGAGAUGGCUUGUACUUUUGACAGAGUUCGAUAUUCAGUAUGUUUCUCAGAAGUCUAUUAAGGGAAGUAUUGUUGCCGAUCACUUAGCCUCACUACCGACAUCUGAGGAUAGACCAGUUGAUGAUGAUUUUCCAGAUGAGGAGUUUGUUGCUAUGACCAGCUUAUCAGGAUGGUGCAUGUACUUCGACGGUGCAGCCAAUCAGUCAGGGUAUGGGAUAGGUGUUCAAUUGGUAUCCCCUCAGGGUGAUCAUAUUCCGAGGUCCGUUCGUUUGGCAUUCUCUGAUCGACAUCCUGCCACAAAUAACAUAGUUGAGUAUGAGGCUUGUAUCCUUGGUUUAGAAACUGCAUUGGAGCUUGACAUUAGACAGAUGGAGGUGUUUGGUGACUCCAAUCUGGUACUCAGGCAGAUUCAGGGGGAUUGGAAGACUAGGGACGUGAAGCUUAGGCCAUAUCAUGCUUAUUUAGAGUUGUUGGUUGCGAGAUUUGACGACUUGAGAUAUGUUCAUCUGCCUAGAGCGCAGAACCGAUUUGCUGACGCCUUAGCUACUUUAGCUUCCUCCGUGGACAUUCCGAUUGAUGCAGUCAUACGUCCAUUACUGAUUGAGUCCAGGUCUACACCCGCUUAUUGUUGUUUGAUUGGAGAGACAGAGGUCCAGGAUGAUCUACCUUGGUAUCAUGACAUUCAUCAGUUCCUCAGAUUUGGCACAUACCCGGAGGUAGCCACUGCCAAGGAUCGGAGAGCACUGAGGCAUUUGGCUACUAGAUUUGUGAUUUGCGGAGAUACCUUAUACAGACGAUCAGCUGAUGGUAUGCUUCUGUUGUGUUUAGAUCGAGCCUCUGCAGAUCGAGUGAUGAGAGAGGUCCAUUCAGGAGUUUGUGGUCCGCAUAUGGGAGGACACAUGCUAGCCCGUAAGAUUAUGAGGACGGGCUAUUUCUGGUUGACUAUGGAGACAGAUUGUUGUCAGUUUGUCCAGAAAUGCCCAGAGUGUCAGAUUCAUGGUGAUCUCAUAUUGGAUUAUCCAGAUGAGCAGCAUUUUAUGCACUUUGAGAUUUGCUUUUAG